AUGCACUGCGAUAGGAAUGAGCACAGGCCCAGAAUUUAUGAUCUGUCAGCUUUCCAAAACGCCUCUUUCCACCGAUCCAACUCGACUUUGUACUCGUCAAAAACUUGUACGAAUCAAUCCACAGGCUCGAUGUAUUUAUCGAAUGCCAAACCUAUCAAUGCAUAUGACCACCAAUGCAAAAAGCUUGCUGAAUGGGGAAUUGAUGCACUGAAUGACAGUUCUCCGACGAUUGCGGGUACCUCGGAGUUUGACAGUAGCGAGCAGGACGUUUUCGCGGAAAAUGAUCUGGGUGGUGAGUUGAGCGAGCAUCUGGAAGAUGAUUAUAGUCAUGAUCAUGGCCAUGGCCAUACAGGCCUUUCAAGAUUUGAGAGAAUUGUCUAUGAGAUUUUUGCACAAAACCCGUCAUAUGGCCAAAAAUUCAUGGAUGAAUUUCAAUAUACGAUAAUAGCAUCUCAAUUACUCACAGAUGCCAUAAGACCUCUUUGGGCUGCAAGACCGAGGACCCGAAUCUCAAGCAAAGGUUUGAAUACUCAUCGUGAUAAAGUUUCAUUUAACACAUCGCAAUGCCAAUCAGAAGCGCCCACAAAGUUUGGGAAAUUGCUGGUCAAGAAUCAACAGCAAAUUCUACGUCGAACUAUGCCCUUUUUCCCUACUCUAACAAUUGUUCGGCGCUGUCUUAAGGCACUUAAAGGAUGCACUAGUGUAGCCCAUAGCAGAAAUCGGGUUUUUGGCGCACUUUGCAUAGCAGUAUACUUGACGCUUCAGCAGGAGGUGUUCCACACGCAUUACGCUAAAUUCUCCGCUCUAAUUAUCCUACAAAAUGCGGUCGAAAAACUGCAAGCGCUGGACAAGCUGCUGCAUCGCUCACAUAUCCGUUACAAAGAGCUCACGGUUUACAAGCCCAUUUCAUUGGUACAGGCUGGUCAACCUUCUGGAUCAAACUUGUCCGUUCUCGAGGAUGUUCUUUCGGUAUCUCUUGAUUUGAUGUUCUACGAAUUACAAUCCAUUACCAGAGAAACUCUUCCUCUCGUCAGCAAUCACGAACUAUUUCGUUAUUGUGAAUUGUAUGAUGUGAAUCUAGUGGAUCUUUAUUUUGCCGUCAAUGGCGAAGCCAUGGGUGUGAGCGACAAAGCCAGCAGAACACAUUUAUUGAAAAAAUUUCUGCUUUGCGGCUUACUAUCAGUUGGCCAAAAAUGCAGAGAUGAGUCUCGCGAAAAGGAGUUGGAGUACCAAGUUACACUGGAAAAGAUAUUUGGAAUUUGUCCUGCUGCCGGUCAGCGCUCAGAGUUCAAGAGUCUUAGUGUGCUACUCGAACAGCUUAAUAGACUCUCAAACGUACUGAAUACCGUAUAUGCAUUUUUGGUACAGUACAAGCAUCACUUAAACGAUAGCACAACCCUACUAAGCAACAUACAGAAUCCUCAAGACCACAGCCAACAUGAUUACCGAACUGCGACCACAUUGAAUCUGAUGCAAAAUUUGCAGAAAUUCCUAAUAAGAAAUAAUACCAAGACUGACGAGGAAUUGAUCGAUCGAGUAAAUCGGCACUUGGAUGAAAUUUCCAAACUUUGGCAUCAGAACACGCCCGCAAAAAUAAGGCGCAGUCAUAAUCACACUAAAGAGCGACAUUUCAGCGGACUUAACCUGAAUGUUAUACAAUCUCCUACUUUGGGUGGCAGUGAAAACGAGUCUGACCAAAGGGGGCACUAUGAAGAAAAGCCCGUUCUAGCCUCGGCUGUUGACUUCACAGAGGUAGGGGGUUCAGGAAUGGAUACAGAAUCUGAACAAGAAGGUGAUGACACAAUCACUGAACAAGUGUUUGCGAACGAAAAUAUCGAGCACAAGGAUGAGUUUCGUAAGCUAACUGAUGAAGAACUUCGUAUCAAACUUAAUGAAAGAAUAAUGAGCUUAGCCAUUGAGAACAAACAAGGCAAGCAAAAGCUGCGUACAAAAAAGAGCUUUGGACUACUGGAUAGCAACAGGGCUGAAAACAUAAAGGAAUUGACUGCCGAGGGCCGGCCCUCGAAAUGGAACAAGUUCACCUCCGAAGAGAGCAUACCUGUUCUCUACGAAUUGAGACAGAUGUUGGAAAAAAGGUAA